AGAAAGGAACAGGAAACCUGCCGGGGAGGCGGCGGCGGCUGCGGCUUCUCUGCGCGCCUGGGCUGCGCUCUUCGCGGGGUGUCCACAGCUGCGGCUUGGCCCCCGUCUGGCUUCCCCGGCGCGCACGCACGGCUGAGCUGCGACGCUCGGUGGCUCGGGCCGUGCCCUCCGCCGCGGCUCUUGGCCGCUGUAGUCCCGCGCUCCGAUCCGCUCCUGCCGCGGCGGCUCCCUGGAGAGAGGGCGGCGAGGGCGCAGGGAAGAGGAGGGUCGUCCACUGUGGAACAUGAAGCAGCAUGACUGAUAAAAUGUCCAGCUUCCUCUACAUAGGGGACAUCGUGUCCCUGUACGCGGAGGGCUCGGUCAACGGCUUCAUCAGCACCUUGGGGUUAGUGGAUGACAGAUGUGUGGUGCACCCAGAGGCCGGGGACCUUGCCAACCCUCCCAAGAAGUUCAGAGACUGCCUUUUCAAGGUGUGCCCUAUGAACAGAUAUUCUGCCCAGAAGCAAUAUUGGAAAGCAAAGCAAGCCAAACAAGGGAACCACACCGAGGCAGCCUUGCUGAAGAAACUACAGCACGCUGCAGAACUGGAACAAAAACAAAAUGAAUCAGAGAAUAAGAAACUGUUGGGAGAAAUUGUGAAAUACAGUAAUGUUAUACAACUACUGCAUAUAAAAAGCAACAAAUAUCUUACUGUCAACAAGAGAUUACCUGCUUUACUGGAGAAGAAUGCCAUGCGUGUGUCCUUGGAUGCUGCAGGAAAUGAAGGGUCUUGGUUUUAUAUUCAUCCUUUCUGGAAGCUGAGAAGCGAGGGUGACAAUAUUGUUGUAGGAGAUAAAGUUGUUUUGAUGCCUGUGAAUGCAGGGCAGCCACUACAUGCCAGCAACAUAGAGCUUCUUGAUAACCCAGGGUGUAAAGAGGUGAAUGCUGUUAAUUGCAAUACCAGCUGGAAAAUCACUUUAUUCAUGAAAUAUAGUUCCUAUCGAGAGGAUGUAUUAAAAGGAGGGGACGUUGUUAGAUUGUUUCAUGCGGAACAAGAGAAGUUUUUGACUUGUGAUGAAUAUGAGAAAAAACAGCACAUUUUCCUUCGUACGACCUUGCGCCAAUCAGCUACUUCUGCUACUAGUUCUAAAGCACUCUGGGAAAUAGAGGUGGUUCAUCAUGACCCAUGCCGUGGGGGUGCAGGACAGUGGAACAGCUUGUUCAGAUUUAAACAUCUUGCAACUGGAAACUAUUUAGCUGCAGAGCUUAAUCCUGAUUAUCGAGAUGCCCAAAAUGAAGGAAAAAAUGUGAGAGAUGGAGAUCUUCCAACUUCAAAGAAAAAACGCCAGGCAGGAGAGAAGAUCAUGUAUACUUUGGUUUCAGUCCCACAUGGCAAUGACAUUGCAUCCCUUUUUGAACUAGAUGCCACAACUCUUCAGAGAGCUGACUGCCUAGUUCCAAGGAACUCAUAUGUUCGGUUAAGGCAUUUAUGCACCAACACAUGGGUAACCAGUACCAGUAUCCCCAUAGACACAGAUGAAGAGAGGCCUGUUAUGUUAAAGAUUGGAACCUGCCAAACCAAAGAAGAUAAAGAAGCGUUCGCCAUCGUGUCUGUUCCACUGUCUGAAGUUCGAGACUUAGACUUUGCCAAUGAUGCCAAUAAAGUACUAGCAACCACAGUUAAAAAGCUAGAAAAUGGCACAAUAACUCAGAAUGAAAGGAGGUUUGUAACCAAAUUAUUGGAAGACCUCAUCUUCUUUGUUGCUGAUGUGCCUAAUAAUGGACAAGAAGUUCUGGAUGUGGUUAUCACUAAGCCAAACCGAGAGCGUCAAAAAUUGAUGAGGGAACAAAACAUACUGGCACAGGUAUUUGGAAUUCUUAAAGCACCCUUUAAAGAGAAAGCAGGAGAAGGCUCAAUGCUGAGACUUGAAGAUCUGGGGGAUCAAAGAUAUGCACCCUACAAGUACAUGCUGCGGCUGUGUUACCGCGUCCUGAGACACUCUCAGCAGGAUUACCGGAAAAAUCAGGAAUAUAUUGCUAAGAAUUUCUGUGUCAUGCAGUCCCAGAUUGGCUAUGAUAUUUUGGCAGAAGAUACUAUCACAGCUUUGUUGCACAACAACAGAAAACUACUAGAGAAACAUAUCACAGCAAAAGAAAUAGAAACAUUUGUCAGUUUACUCAGGAGAAAUCGGGAGCCAAGGUUUUUGGAUUAUUUGUCAGAUCUGUGUGUGUCUAAUACCACUGCUAUCCCUGUAACUCAAGAACUCAUCUGUAAAUUUAUGUUGAGUCCAGGCAAUGCAGACAUUCUCAUUCAAACCAAGGUGGUCUCAAUGCAAGCAGACAACCCCAUGGAGAGCUCCAUCCUUUCGGAUGACAUUGAUGAUGAAGAAGUUUGGCUCUAUUGGAUUGACAGCAACAAGGAACCUCAUGGCAAAGCUAUCAGGCACCUUGCUCAAGAGGCAAAAGAAGGCACCAAAGCUGACUUAGAAGUUCUUACCUAUUACAGGUACCAGCUAAACCUCUUUGCAAGGAUGUGCUUGGAUCGCCAGUAUCUGGCCAUAAACCAGAUUUCUACACAGCUGUCUGUAGACCUGAUCCUGCGGUGUGUGUCGGAUGAGAGCCUGCCGUUCGACCUCCGAGCGUCCUUCUGUCGCCUCAUGCUCCACAUGCACGUUGACCGGGAUCCCCAGGAGUCCGUGGUGCCUGUUCGCUAUGCCAGGCUCUGGACAGAAAUCCCCACAAAGAUCACAAUUCAUGAAUAUGAUUCUAUAACAGACUCUUCCAGAAAUGAUAUGAAGAGGAAAUUUGCCCUGACAAUGGAAUUUGUUGAAGAAUAUUUGAAAGAAGUUGUAAACCAGCCCUUUCCUUUUGGGGAUAAAGAAAAAAAUAAACUGACAUUUGAGGUGGUCCACUUGGCUCGGAAUCUUAUAUACUUUGGAUUUUAUAGUUUCAGUGAGUUAUUAAGGCUAACAAGAACACUUCUGGCUAUUUUAGACAUUGUACAGGCCCCCAUGUCAUCAUACUUUGAAAGAUUAAGCAAAUUUCAAGAUGGAGGAAACAAUGUGAUGAGAACCAUUCAUGGGGUGGGAGAGAUGAUGACCCAGAUGGUACUCAGUAGAGGCUCCAUCUUCCCCAUGAGUGUGCCGGAUGUGCCACCCAGCAUCCACCCGAGCAAGCAAGGGAGCCCCACCGAGCAUGAGGAUGUGACUGUGAUGGACACCAAGCUGAAGAUCAUUGAGAUUUUGCAGUUUAUCCUGAGUGUCAGACUAGAUUAUAGGAUCUCAUAUAUGCUGUCAAUAUAUAAGAAGGAGUUUGGAGAGGACAAUGACAACGCAGAGACAUCUGCCAAUGGAUCUCCAGACACUUUACUACCAUCAGCUAUUGUUCCUGAUAUAGAUGAAAUUGCAGCUCAGGCAGAAACUAUGUUUGCGGGAAGAAAGGAAAAAAACCCAGUUCAACUUGACGAUGAAGGAGGCAGGACGUUUUUACGGGUCCUCAUUCAUCUGAUCAUGCACGACUACCCGCCUUUGCUGUCUGGAGCCCUGCAGCUGUUGUUUAAGCACUUCAGCCAGAGGGCGGAGGUUUUACAGGCAUUUAAGCAGGUGCAAUUACUGGUGUCUAAUCAAGACGUAGAUAACUACAAGCAAAUCAAGGCAGAUCUAGACCAGCUUCGACUGACAGUAGAAAAGUCUGAGCUAUGGGUUGAGAAGAGCAGCAACUAUGAGAAUGGAGAAAUAGGGGAAAGUCAAGUGAAAGGUGGUGAAGAGCCAAUUGAGGAAUCGAACAUUUUAAGUCCAGUGCAGGAUGGAACAAAGAAACCUCAGAUUGACAGCAACAAGAGCAAUAACUACCGGAUUGUAAAGGAGAUUUUGAUCAGGCUAAGUAAACUCUGUGUGCAGAAUAAAAAGUGUCGGAAUCAACAUCAACGAUUACUGAAAAAUAUGGGGGCACAUUCGGUGGUGUUGGAUCUUCUGCAGAUACCCUACGAAAAGAAUGAUGAAAAGAUGAAUGAAGUAAUGAAUCUAGCCCAUACAUUUCUGCAGAAUUUCUGUCGAGGAAAUCCACAGAAUCAAGUUCUUCUUCAUAAACAUCUGAAUUUGUUUUUAACUCCAGGUCUCCUUGAAGCAGAAACCAUGCGGCACAUCUUCAUGAACAAUUACCAUCUGUGCAACGAAAUUAGCGAGAGAGUUGUACAGCACUUUGUGCACUGCAUUGAGACACAUGGCCGCCACGUGGAGUACCUGAGGUUUUUGCAAACAAUUGUAAAAGCAGAUGGUAAAUAUGUGAAGAAAUGCCAGGAUAUGGUAAUGACAGAGUUGAUAAAUGGGGGUGAAGACGUGCUGAUAUUUUACAAUGAUAGAGCAUCAUUUCCAAUCCUUCUCCAUAUGAUGUGUUCAGAGAGAGACCGAGGGGAUGAGAGUGGCCCCUUAGCCUACCACAUCACCCUGGUGGAGUUGCUGGCAGCAUGCACAGAGGGGAAAAAUGUCUACACUGAAAUCAAGUGUAAUUCCCUUCUCCCGCUGGACGACAUAGUGAGGGUGGUGACCCAUGAUGACUGCAUCCCUGAGGUUAAAAUUGCUUAUGUGAACUUUGUUAAUCACUGUUAUGUUGACACUGAAGUGGAAAUGAAAGAAAUCUAUACAAGUAACCACAUUUGGAAAUUAUUUGAGAACUUCUUGGUGGAUAUGGCAAGGGUUUGCAACACAACUACAGACAGGAAACAUGCAGACAUCUUUUUGGAAAAGUGUGUUACUGAGUCAAUAAUGAAUAUUGUGAGCGGCUUCUUUAAUUCUCCCUUUUCAGACAAUAGUACCAGCCUCCAGACACAUCAGCCAGUUUUUAUUCAGCUACUGCAAUCUGCCUUCAGAAUUUACAAUUGCACCUGGCCAAACCCAGCGCAGAAAGCCUCGGUGGAAUCUUGUAUCAGAACUUUGGCUGAAGUGGCAAAAAAUCGUGGAAUUGCCAUUCCAGUGGAUUUGGACAGCCAAGUUAAUACUCUUUUCAUGAAGAGCCAUUCAAAUAUGGUGCAGAGAGCAGCAAUGGGUUGGAGACUAUCAGCUCGCUCUGGGCCACGCUUUAAGGAAGCUCUUGGAGGGCCUGCUUGGGAUUACAGAAAUAUUAUUGAAAAGUUACAGGAUGUCGUGGCCUCCUUGGAGCACCAGUUCAGCCCAAUGAUGCAGGCUGAAUUCUCGGUGUUGGUUGAUGUAUUGUACAGUCCAGAACUGCUGUUCCCUGAGGGAAGCGAUGCAAGAAUAAGAUGUGGCGCUUUCAUGUCGAAGUUGAUUAAUCAUACAAAGAAACUAAUGGAGAAAGAAGAAAAACUGUGCAUUAAAAUUCUUCAGACAUUACGAGAAAUGUUAGAGAAGAAAGACAGCUUUGUGGAAGAGGGUAACACAUUAAGAAAGAUACUUCUGAAUCGAUACUUUAAAGGUGAUUAUAGUAUUGGUGUGAAUGGACACCUAUCAGGAGCCUACUCCAAAACUGCACAGGUGGGAGGAAGCUUUUCUGGACAAGAUUCAGAUAAGAUGGGGAUAUCAAUGUCAGAUAUUCAGUGUCUGCUGGAUAAAGAAGGUGCAUCAGAACUUGUCAUCGAUGUUAUAGUGAACACCAAAAAUGACAGAAUUUUUUCAGAAGGCAUUUUCCUCGGCAUUGCGUUGCUUGAAGGAGGAAAUACACAAACACAGUAUUCUUUCUACCAGCAGUUGCAUGAACAAAAAAAGUCAGAAAAAUUCUUUAAAGUUCUCUAUGAUCGAAUGAAGGCUGCUCAGAAAGAAAUAAGAUCAACAGUGACAGUUAAUACCAUAGAUUUAGGUAGCAAAAAAAGGGACGAUGACAAUGAAUUGAUGACAUCUGGUCCACGAAUGAGAGUAAGAGAUUCAACACUACAUUUAAAAGAGGGAAUGAAAGGGCAAUUAACAGAAGCUUCUUCAGCAACAUCCAAAGCAUAUUGUGUAUACAGAAGAGAAAUGGAUCCAGAAAUAGACAUUAUGUGCACAGGACCAGAAGCGGGAAACACUGAGGAAAAAUCUGCAGAGGAAGUAACAAUGAGUCCUGCAAUUGCCAUCAUGCAGCCAAUACUGAGAUUUCUUCAGUUACUGUGUGAGAAUCACAACCGGGAAUUGCAGAACUUCUUGAGGAAUCAAAACAACAAAACAAAUUACAACCUUGUCUGUGAGACCCUUCAGUUUCUGGACUGCAUUUGUGGUAGUACAACCGGUGGCCUGGGCCUGCUGGGUCUCUACAUCAAUGAGAAGAACGUAGCGCUGGUCAACCAGACCCUGGAGAGCUUGACUGAGUAUUGUCAGGGCCCCUGCCAUGAGAAUCAGACCUGUAUCGCUACACAUGAGUCUAAUGGGAUUGAUAUCAUCAUUGCUUUGAUUCUGAAUGACAUAAACCCUCUUGGUAAAUACCGAAUGGACCUGGUGCUCCAGCUAAAGAACAACGCAUCUAAACUUUUGCUGGCCAUUAUGGAAAGCAGACAUGACAGCGAGAAUGCAGAAAGAAUUCUUUUUAACAUGAGACCCAGAGAACUGGUGGAUGUGAUGAAGAAUGCCUACAACCAAGGAUUGGAAUGUGACCAUGGGGAUGAUGAGGGUGGAGAUGAUGGUGUUUCUCCAAAAGAUGUUGGACACAAUAUCUACAUUCUGGCCCAUCAGUUGGCCCGCCACAAUAAACUAUUGCAGCAGAUGCUCAAACCAGGAUCGGAUCCAGAUGAAGGAGAUGAAGCUUUAAAGUAUUAUGCCAACCACACUGCACAGAUUGAGAUUGUCCGGCAUGAUAGGACCAUGGAACAAAUAGUUUUUCCCGUCCCCAAUAUAUGUGAAUACCUCACUCGGGAAUCCAAGUGCCGUGUGUUCAAUACAACUGAAAGGGAUGAACAAGGAAGUAAAGUGAAUGACUUUUUCCAGCAAACAGAAGAUCUCUACAAUGAAAUGAAGUGGCAGAAGAAAAUUAGGAAUAACCCUGCACUGUUCUGGUUCUCGAGGCACAUCUCCCUCUGGGGGAGCAUUUCCUUCAACCUGGCUGUGUUCAUCAAUUUAGCCGUUGCUCUCUUCUACCCAUUUGGGGAUGAUGGAGAUGAAGGUACACUUUCUCCAUUGUUCUCGGUUCUUCUUUGGAUAGCAGUUGCAAUCUGCACAUCUAUGCUGUUUUUCUUCUCCAAGCCUGCGGGUAUUCGGCCGUUUCUUGUAUCAAUAAUGCUCAGAUCAAUAUAUACAAUAGGUCUUGGGCCUACAUUAAUACUUCUUGGUGCAGCUAAUCUUUGUAAUAAAAUUGUUUUUCUGGUGAGUUUUGUUGGAAAUCGUGGCACGUUCACCCGUGGGUACCGAGCAGUCAUCCUGGAUAUGGCCUUUCUCUAUCACGUGGCGUAUGUCCUGGUUUGCAUGCUGGGCCUUUUUGUUCAUGAAUUCUUCUAUAGCUUCCUGCUUUUUGAUUUGGUGUACAGAGAAGAGACUUUGCUGAAUGUCAUAAAAAGUGUCACACGAAAUGGCCGCUCUAUUAUUCUAACUGCAGUCCUGGCUCUCAUCCUCGUCUACCUGUUUUCCAUUAUUGGGUUCCUUUUUUUGAAGGAUGACUUCACUAUGGAAGUUGAUAGGCUGAAAAACCGAACUCCUGUUACAGGCAGUCAUCAAGUGCCUGCUAUGACUUUUACUACCAUGAUGGAAGCAUGUGCCAAGGAGAACUGUUCACCCACAAUUCCAGCUUCAAAUACAGCUGAUGAAGAGUAUGAAGAUGGAAUUGAAAGGACCUGUGACACUCUCCUUAUGUGCAUUGUCACCGUGCUGAACCAGGGCCUCAGGAAUGGUGGUGGCGUGGGGGAUGUGCUAAGAAGGCCAUCGAAAGAUGAGCCCUUGUUUGCUGCCCGAGUGGUUUAUGACCUUCUUUUUUAUUUCAUUGUUAUCAUUAUUGUUCUGAACUUGAUUUUUGGUGUUAUCAUCGAUACUUUUGCUGAUCUCAGAAGCGAAAAACAGAAAAAGGAAGAAAUUCUAAAGACAACUUGUUUCAUCUGUGGGCUUGAGAGAGACAAGUUUGAUAAUAAAACGGUUUCAUUUGAGGAGCACAUUAAGUCGGAACACAAUAUGUGGCAUUAUUUGUACUUCAUAGUCCUGGUGAAAGUUAAAGAUCCAACAGAAUACACUGGACCUGAAAGUUACGUGGCUCAAAUGAUUGUGAGGAAAAAGGAGAAGAAUUUGGAUUGGUUUCCUCGUAUGCGAGCCAUGUCCCUCGUUAGCAAUGAAGGCGACAGUGAGCAAAAUGAAAUUCGGAACCUUCAGGAGAAGUUGGAAUCGACCAUGAGUCUGGUCAAACAGCUCUCCGGUCAGCUGGCGGAGCUCAAGGAACAGAUGACAGAACAAAGGAAGAAUAAGCAGAGACUGGGCUUCCUCGGAUCAAACACACCCCAUGUGAAUCAUCACAUGCCACCACACUGAUACCAUGGGGGGAAGCCGUGACUAGCCUUUCAUCAGUGUCCUGCCUGAUCACUGAAUAAAGAACUGAGAUGGAGGGGAGUGAACAGUGCCUAUUGUUGAAAAGUCAAAAACAACCAAGUGCCAAGAUGUUGAGUGGGUUAGCUCUGAGAACAAUUUAUAACUGUGUUUUCAUGGUUGCGAAGACCUAACCUCAAAUGCAUCUGCUAGAAAGCGUAUAUCACACAUUCGCAAUGCAUCAGGAAGAAAAGGCUUGCCCAAAAGGCUGGAGAGGGCAGGGAGCGGCAGGGUGGAAGGAGACACGGGGCAGCGAGAACUAUCUUCUGCUAAAUCGAUAGGAGUCAGUUUUGUCUUAAAUGCUGACUACAGCCACUGACAUGGUUGGCUGGAAUUUCUUUCUUUUAAUUGUGGCAUAGAGGUUCGUGAUACAAGAAGUCAUACUUUGGUGGCUAAGUUUUACUAAGGAAAAUAACUGAAAAGAUUAAAAGUGAGAGUUGAAAAGAGAAAUGAUAAUGCUUCCAAACUGUGGCUGUCACAGGGCAAUUUCUUUAUUUAUAACAUGAAGCACAAUGGAUUUACAGCUCUAGGAACUUAGUACUUUGCAGCUUUUGCCUCUCACGCUGACAACAUAACAGAAUGUGAUUGCCUUCUCUGGGAUUCAGACAGGCUCUGUCAAUGUGGAGCACAAAAGGAGAUUUUCAUAUAACUUGUUAAAAACAUGUUCUAAGUCAUGUAUAGGCUAAGAUUUUAAAAAGAUCUGGGGGAAUAAAAAGCCAACAGUAAGCCCCAGGAAAGGGUUUUUUGAGACCAUACGUAUGCUAUUAAAAUAUAUUGAGAUUAAUACAUGAAAAUGCUUAAAGGUGAUAGGAAUUAUUGAGAAACUUAUGAUGGUGGCAUUGCCUUUUAUAAACAUGGAGUGAAAGCUAUUUGACUCAUGUUUGCUGUGCUUAAAGAACUGCUUCAGGACCUAAACGUUUUUAUUUAUGCUGUUCCUGCAGUUAGGAAAAAAAAAUCCAAGAAAUGUAUUGAAUACUCAAGAAAAUGCCACAUUUCAAUUACAUAUUUAAAACUGUGUCUGUAAGGGCUUUUCAAAAUGUAGAAAGACAAAAAUCUCUUAUUCAAAUUGUUUUUAUGUUAAAUCAUGCACUCGGAAUUUGUCGAGGGAGAGAAUAACCUGGCGUGUUCGGGUUAUUCUUAGAGGCUACACAUUUGGAACAGCAGCAAAAUAUGGAUAAUGGAAGUGUUAGGAAGAAACUGAUGCGACAGGGAGUGAAGACACUUGAUACCAGACUCAGGGAGAUGCUCUGCAAGUUGACCCGGCCUCUCCCCCACAGGAACAAAAUACUGCCUCCAGAGCCUCUAAAUUCUCAGUUAUCAACACCAAGGUUUAAGGUCCAGAUAGGGUUUGCUAUGACAAUUUUUAAAGCUUUUGGAUUGUUCUAACACAGCUUAAGCUAUUGGUUCCUAAAAAUCUCAAAUCAAGAUCUAUGUAAAAUAUAAAGGAAGCCUGAACCAAGCCUUCCACACACUGUUCAAAUGUAGACUUGGAACAAAGCUGUUGGGACCCAGAGCAAUGAAUUUUUGAACUGAAGCUACUGGUACUCCCCAGCACCACCUCAUACUGAGGAUUCCUCACUCUGACAUGACAGUAUUUUUUCUGACAAGGAGCUGAAAGACCCUGACAUUCAUGAUCCAAAGAUAUAAGAAAUUUUGAUAUGUCUGCAUGCAGCACAGAACUUUGAACCUAGCAGGCAGUCAAUAAAUACAUGAGAAAUCCAGCUGUCAUUCAGUUACUCUUAAUUCUUUAUAAAACUUUAAAUGAUAACACAUAUUUGUUUGUUUAAAAUGGCUUUCCCUAACUCAAAGUAGACUAAAGCAGCCAUCUUUAAAAUCCAGGAUCAUCAAUGCUAUUAACAGUAUCAGGUAAAAAGUACACUUUAAAAUAUUUUAAUCAGGCAGUUUUAUGGACAGAGAAUAGAAGAGAAAGGUGGUAAAUAUUGAACAUGUUCCAGUAUAGGAACCUAUCUCUAUUUUAGUACAAAAUAAAAUAUAUUUCUGACAUCUGAACUAGAGGUCAAGAGAAUAAAUUCAUCUGUACACAUCUGAGCAACCUGUCUUUCAGAUGAUAAAGUAUCUAGCCUUUUCUGACACCGUAAUAGUUCAUUUUGUAGGGAAUAAGCCAUUAGGUGUAUAUAAUUGCUUUCUAGAAAUGACCUAAUGUCCCCAACCACAGUGUAGUGGCAGAUCACUGUUUCACAGCAUAUUUUCUCCUAAGGAAAGUAUUCAAAAGAGACUGCAACUAACAAGACUCUUAUUUCAUCAAAAUUUAAAUAUUUCUGAGUUGUAUUUUUAAUGCCUCUUUCUUUUCUGGCUAAAUGCUUAGAAAUUAUAAAGCAAAAAAAAAAAAAGACAACAACAACAAAAAAUCGAAGCAAACAAAAAAGGCACUUUUCAGAACAUCAAAUUCCUAAUGGAGAAGAGGAGAAGAUAAUGGGGAAAUUUGACAUUUGAUAUAAAUUUAUAUUUGUUAUGUGUAUGUUUGUUAAUGCAACUGGAAUAUUUGACCUAGGUAUCAGUUAACAUGCUUGUAUUUAUAUAGUGACAUCAAAAUAAAUGCAAUCAUCUUGAACUUUGAUGUUAAGGGAGAUUUUGAAAAAAUAUUUAGUUGUUUAAAAUCCAUAUUGGUUCAAAAGUAUCAGUUUCUGCUGAAUAAUAUUUUUAAUUUCAAAAGGGUUUUGUUCCCUGUGUGCCCCAUUCUGAGGCUCAAGAGCUUAAUGCAAGUAUGUUUUCUGAGUUCAAAUAACACUUUUAGAUGAGAAAAUGCUUGUAUCAUAGAGGGCUAUAAUAUAAAUAAAUAAACUAUAUGUAUGCAAAAUUUAUCAUAUUUUCUACCCCUUAAAAAGUUAAAUUAGAAAUGAGCUUAUUUUCUUGCACACAAUAUUUUUCUGUUGGUAAAGAGGACACAAUUUCUAGUAGAUUGUUAAUAACAUCAGGAAGAUAUUUCAUUCGUCAGAACUAAUUGUGUGCUUAUUCCCAUAUUCUCAGCUCUUAACUCCCUGUUUUGGCUGCUCUCUUUAUUUUACAAUUGUUUUAUUGCAAACAGCAAGGCAGUAUGGCCCACACUCAGCCACCAGCCCCCAGCCCCCAGGACUGAGAAUGAGUGGUGAGGCUGGGGAGUUGGUGAGAGAAGGUGGAGAUAGGGAUUUCUGCUUCCCAGUACUCUAUCAUUAGAGAAAAGGAGGGGUAAAUAUUAGCUAAUAAGAAGAAAAAUGCUUAUUCUUCAGGGACCCAAUAGAUUGGACAUAAGCAAGUAAGUACUGCACAGGCAUCAUGAUGUAAUAGUUGAUGGACCCCAGAGAUACCCCUCACCCAUGCAGAGAACAAAGCUGUGUGGAAGAGCAACUACCAUAAGAUGGUGUGUUCCCUCCAGUGGCUGUUAAAGCCAUCCUGAAUAACAAAUCAGUUAUUCCUACCUACAGACCCAUUCCAAUAUGCUGUGAUACACGACAUGGUGCACCGCAGAGGAGACAGACAUCUUCAGCACAAACACAGGUGCCUGCAGGAGCUUGGCAAGUCACUAAAUUGCAUGAAAUUGUGAGGUGCACACCAAAUGCAGGGAUGGGGGAGGCCGUGGGAAGCUCUGUAUUCUCAAAAUUUGACAGCUAAUUCCGGUUUUUAGAAAAUGCCUGAGGCCAGCAGAGGCCCUCUAGUCACUCACUGCUGCUGUUUCUGAUAUAAUUAUUGAGAAAGCUAUCUCAUUUAAUAGACGAAAACAUGCACUAUCAAAACCAGAUAGCCUAACGUGCAUGUGAAAAUCGAGAAAUCUGAAACCAAAUCCAGGUACCCUUCUCUGAACUGGAGUGUUUCCACAGACUUGAAUAAUUUAUGAAAUUAUCACGCCAGUACUUCUCAUAUCACCAAGAAGACUUUCUCUCCUGCAGUAGAGGAUUACUAUAUUUGCCUUAAAAACACGAUUCCAAUAUAUGUCAAGGGCAGAUAAUUUAUAAGUGAAUGUUAAUAAAAUUGGAUGUGUAUAA